AACAGCACAUCAUACCUGUUACAUACAGAUAUCAUUCGAAGCUGCUCCGCCCGGUCAACACCGUCGGAUCCGACUUAUCCAUAGAAAAUAUAUAGCUCCGCUAUAUAACUCGGCAACAGACACUUCAACGUCCACUCCUAUCGAAACAAAAUGGAUUACAGACUGAGCGUUUUGGCAGUUGUGUUAGGAGUGGCAGCAAUUGCACUCUCAGCUGAUGAAAAAUCAUCGACACCUGCACCGGAAGCCGAAGGAACAAUCAGGAUUUACCGCAGGCUAAUACCGGCUGAUGUCCUAAGAGAUUUUCCCGGACUAUGUUUCGCGUCGACCAAAUGCGCCACUGUAGAGCCAGGACACACAUGGGAACUAUCACCAUUCUGCGGCCGUUCUACUUGCGUACAAGGCGAGGGCACCGACAGACUUUUAGAGCUGGUUGAAGACUGCGGUCCAUACCCCAAGUCCAACCCCAAGUGCAAAUUGUCCGAAAAGACCAACAAGACAGCUAGUUUCCCAGACUGCUGUCCUGUGUUCGAAUGCGAACCCGGCGUUAAGCUCGAAUAUCCCGAGCUUACGGUAGUUGAGAACUCAGAAUCAGCUGAUGGCGGCGCUGACAGUACCACCACCACAUCCACAGAAAAGCCCAAAAAAUGAUGAUGAGGAAAAUGUGAAAUAUCUGUUAACCCUCAACCCCUACACUCCCUCGCACUACAGUCAUCAUCCCCACAACAUCGCCCCGCGCACUUCUCAUUAUUAUUAAUAUUGCCUACCUAUAUUUUUUUUAUUUUUUUUUUUAUUUUUUUAACACGACUCACUGUAUACGA